AUGAACUUCAAAUUUCCAGGAACUUAUGCAGAACUCAAGGAUACUAAUUUCUCUGAAUUCUACAGAGUCAAAUCUAAAAAUUCAGUACCCAAUAUGGAUGAUCGUCUUAUAUUCAUUAAAAUAAAUUAAUUCUAGGAGGAGUUCCAUUAAAUGCCAACUCUUAUUGAAGAUGCACAGAAUUUCGAUUUUCUUUACUAUUUGGUUGAAUAUUUGGAUAAACAUUCAAACUAAAAAGCUCAAUUCCAAUUGAUUGACAUCUUCUCAUUUUAAAUUCUCAAACUACACAAUAAAAAUUCCAAGGCAUUUCAAAUGACACUCUUCCUAUUCUUAAAUCUCUUGUAAUAAAAACAGGUUUAAGGACCGUAGGUCAAAAGGGCAUUAAAAUAAUUGAAGCAACUUUUCAGUCUAAAUUCCUUUGUUGACCUUGAUAGGGAAGGUAUAAGAUAUGUAUUCGAUCUUAUUAAGAUGGCUAUUGAGAUCAAGGAAACUCAAAUUAGAGAAGUUUGGAUUGAAGUUCUUAUUUCAGCUUUGAUAAUUUGGUCUAAGCAUGAGACAGUUCUUAAAAAUACUAUAGUUCAUUUAAUGUAUGAAUAGGAAAGCGUAGUCCCCAAUCUGAGUAAAUUCUUAGUGGCUUGCAGUAAACAUGAUAAACUGAAAUCAUAUACAAUUGAUUAACUAGGAUUACUUAUCAAUUUUAUUACUGAAAAGUCUACUAAUUAAACGGAGAGUUUGGCAGUUAAAAAUCUGAGAGAACUACUGACUAUCUCAUCAAAAGAAAUGCCAAAAAUAUAUUAUCAAUAGUUAUCAUCAAUGAUUGGGUUGUACGACAAUGAAAAUUAUCAUAUAAGAAGUGGCCUAUCAGAUGUCAUAACAAAUGUAAUAGAAUAUCUGGUAAAAGAAUCAAAGGAAUAAAAUGAUGAUGAAGUUCUUCUAUUGAAUGCUAAUAAUUUAACCAAAUCUCUGAUAUCUCGGCAUUUAGAUAAGACAGCCCUAUGUAGAUCAAAUGUAUUGUAAUGUUUAUCGCAAUUAUUAAAUUUGAAUUGCAUAUAAAAAAUACAUCUACCCACUAUUUUUUCCAUAAGCCAAUCUAGACUGAGGGAUAUCUCAGGCUAUGCCAGAAAAUCUGCAUUAUAAUUAUUGAAAUCAGUCUCACGUUGUUACAGAUAUAUUUAUGUUUAAAGUUAAGGAAGGGAUAAAUUUUGGUCAUCUAAAGAAAUUGGAGAACAAAUAAAAAGCAACUAAUUAGAGUUAGAUAACAUCCAUAAUGAUUUUUAAAGAUUGGAUUUGUAAUUUUAAGAAGGCAACAUCUCUGAAGAUUAGAUUAACGAUACGAUUAAAAAUAUUAAGAAAAGGACUCAAGAAAUCUAGAAAGGUUAGGAAUAUCUAGAUGAAUAUAGCAAAUUUCUAGAUGGAAUGAAAAUUGCUAUUAAUUAAGUCUUAUAAUUGUGUCAAAGUAAAAAUUAAGCAGAUGUAACACAUUCAAUCAAAUUAUUUGCAUAUUUAUCAAAAUAUGAUUUCGAAUCUGCAAAUAUAGGGUUAAGAAGAAUGUUGCUAUUGGUUUGGUCAUAAGAUAAAUCAAUUCAAUAAGAAGUUAUUAAAAAAUUUUGGAAACUCUAUUUAAAGGAUAAUAAAAAUACAAAAUAAAUUGUACUCUCUAUAAUAGAUCUGAUAAGCACUUCAAACUAGAAGGAGUUGCUAUCCAUAGAAAAAAUUAUAUUAUCAUAUGAGACUGAAUAGGCUCCUAAUUACAAGUUACCAAAUAAAGCAUUUAGUACCCUUUGGGAUCUUUUUGGUAGACCAGAAAUCAAUUAAAGAUCAAUGCUAAUAUUUGUGAGAAUUAUGCUCACAAGAAAUUGCUCCUAUUUUAAUAUGGAAAAAAUUAAAUAAAUUCAGGAGCUAUUGAUGGCUUACAAUAGAAAAGAUCCAGAUUGGAUCAUCAUAAAAGAACUUUCUCUUAUAUUGUCAAAAUUAGAUAGAAAUCAAGAGAAAAACUAAAUCUAUAUUAAUAAUCAGAUAGAACUGCUGACUAGAUUACUUGUAAAGUAUAAAGAUACUUAGGAUAUGAAUUAUUUUAGUGCAUGUGAUUCAAUCAUACAAUUGAUUUCACUUUCCUAUAAUCCUGAAUGUAAAUUUGAAGCUUUAAUUAAACAGUUUGAGUUUGAAUAACAUUCCAAGAAUUCAAUGGAAUUGGAACAAUUAAGUAAUAAUGACAAAAUGCAUUUAACUCAUGCAAUAUAUAUAGCAGGAUGCAUUUCAUUACAAUUGUUAGUGCUAAUUGAUAAAACUCAUAGAUAACUUAAAUAACUAAAAAAUGAUAGAGAAUCCUAAAUAGGAAAGGAACAAGAGAUAGAUAAGAUUUCAGGAGGUUUGGAGGGAGAAUUUGAAAGAAUACAUGAAGUAGUGAAUGAAAUAUAGGAUCUCAAUCUAGUGUAACAAAAUCUAUUGUCAGUUUUCUCCCCAUUGGUAAUAAUGAUAAUUGAGGAUUGCCUUGUAGAUAUGGAAAAUAAGAAAUCUUCUUGUUUAAAUCAAUAAUCCCCUCUUGUAUAAGUUUGUCUAAUCACAAUGUGUAAGUUCAUGUGUUUGUCUGAGUCCUAUUGUAGAUAAAACAUUGAGAUGUUAUUUAAUAUCAUGAAGUGUCCCUUGUUUGAUUAAGUCGUUAAAAACAAUGUGUUAAUUAGCAUAGGAGACUUAUUACAUAUGUGGCCAAAUACUGUUUAAAAGUUCCAUAAAUAGAUAUAUUCAAAUUUACUUGAUUCUAAUGGUCCUCUUAGAAGAGUGACAUUACUGGUCCUAACACAUUUGAUUUUGAAUGAUAUGAUUAAGAGCAAGACCUCCUUAUCACAUAUUCCAGUGUUAUUAAAUGACCCUUGUUAACAGAUCCAAAGUAUGGCAAGGUACUUUUUAAAUGAAUUGCAAAAAAAAGAAUAGAGAGCUAUUUCAAAUGCUGUACCAGAUAUUAUAUUGAAUAUUCACGAGCACAACGAGAUUAUUAUAUCUCAAAUAUCCUUAUACAUUGAUAAGAACUUAGUGGAAUCAAUAGUAGAGAAACUGGUUAAUAUAUUGGGGAUCAGUUAGAAUCAAUCAGAAAUAAAAAAUAUCUCUAUUUUAUUCAACUAUAUGAAUCUGACCCAAACUUCUUUAUAAAGAUUCUUGGAUGGAUGGGAAUAAUACAGAGAAAAAUUAAAGGACUAAUUUGUUUAUAAUCAAUUUAUUAGUCUAAUAAAAAAGUUGAGGAGAACUCUGCCUCAAGAGAGUCGAAUUGUGAUAGAUGAAUUUGAGAUGAAGAUAGAAAACUAUGAUAAAGAGACGUUUGAGAAUAGAAGGAGGGAAAAAGUGUCCAAGAGAAAAAAUGGCAAGACUUAGUUCUAAGAUAGAGAUGACAAGGAAUUAAAAGAAAAUAUCAGUAAUGUGAAGUAAUAGUAGAGAAGGAAGGUCAAAAAGAAGGACGAGGAAAUCUUGGAAAUCGAAUCAAAUUCUGAAUAAGAAACUUCUUAAGCCUAGGCUAUGAAAUUAUAGACGAAUCAAAGAAGAAAACGAAAGAAUCUCUAGAAAAAUGAAGAUUGAUAUUUGUUACUAUGUUAAUAUUAACAUUA